AUGUCUGCAUAUGCCAAGGAGCUCAAUGCCAUCAUCAUCGGCGCCGGUCCCGCGGGCAUCGCAAUGGCCUACAGACUGAAGCACGACCUCAAAUUCGACGACUUUAUAAUUUAUGAAAAGCUGGAUGGUGUUGGAGGGACGUGGAGAGCGAACACCUAUCCGGGUUGUGGCUGCGAUCUCCCCUCUCAUCUAUACUCGUUCAGCUUCAACCUGAACCCUAACUGGUCUAAAGAGUUGUGCGAGCAGCCUGAGAUCCUACAAUACAUGAACGAUACAGUAGACAAGUUCGAUCUCCGCAAACAUGUCCAUCUCUCGAUCGAAUGCAUUGGCGCGGUAUGGCACAACGAUAGGAACAAAUGGGAGGUCAAGAUGAAGGAUCACCGCACCGGAAUCGAAUUCACACGCCUUGCCUCCGUCUUCGUUUCGGCUGUUGGUGCCAUUUCUUUCCCCCGAGAUGUCAAGUUCCCUGGCAUGGAGAAGUUCAAGGGGGCCAUGUUCCAUACGGCACGAUGGGAUCACUCUGUGGACUACAAAGAUAAGCGCAUCGCCGUUAUUGGCAACGGCUGUAGUGCAGCCCAGGUUGUCCCAGCAAUCGCGAAGAAAGCCCUCUCAGUGAAGCAGUUCGCCCGCAGCGGCCAAUGGUUCCAUGCUCGUCCGAACAAGUCGUACAGUGAGCUCGACAAAUUUCUUUUCCGCUGGCUGCCUCUGCGCCUACGACUACUUCGGCUGCGCAUCUUCCUCGACGCCGACGAGGAGACCACCACCUAUUUCCCGACGCCGAAAGGCAUCAAACUCCGUAGAGCCGUCGAAGAGGAGUCCAAGAGAUACAUUCGUUCUAUUGCGCCUGAAAAGUACUGGGACCACAUUAUCCCCGACUUUCCUCUUGGAUGCAAGCGCCGCAUCUUCGACCCAGACUACCUGGAGUCCUUAAACCUUCACAACGUGGAACUCAUCCCCGAGGGUAUCCAGGAAAUCACCGAGACUGGUAUUGUGAGUAGCUCGGGUCUUCGUAAUGACUUCGACAUCAUUGUCAUGGCGACUGGGUUCCAGGUUGCUCGAUUCCUGACUCCAAUGCACAUCGUCGGCUCACAUGGUAAAGCUCUACAAGAUCAAUGGGACGAGUCGCGAGGUGCCCAGGCCUAUUUGGGUACACACGUACACAACUUUCCCAACCUGGCCAUUCUUUUUGGGCCAAAUACCUUCCCAGCCAACAACUCGGCUUUGUUCGCGUGCGAGACCCAGGUCGACUAUGCCAUCAAGUCCCUCUUCAAGCCUCUUCUUGAUGGCCGGGCUGCCGUCAUUGAGGUUAAGCAAGCCGCUGAGGAUCGUACCACGAACGCAAUCCACAGGGAAUUGGCCAACACCGUCUUUGCUGGAGACUGCUCGAAUUGGUAUAUCGGUAACUUUGGGCGUAAUGCUGCCUCCUGGCCAGGCCUUGCCCGGUCUUACUGGGCGGCAACCUACUUCCCAAACUGGUCUGCAUUCAACAUGAGCGGUGGCUCUCUACUGUGGCCGCUCUAUCGCGUGGCGCGUUGGCUUAGAACCAUUUCUCCUUUAAGCAAGUUAGUUUUGUGUCUCGGACUGUUGGCAUCAUUCUCCAAAUACUCCGGUAUCCCGACUCGGACAAGCGGCAUAUUGGACGGUGUCGCUGCCUUGUUGAAUACAUAUCUAUCGGUCUAA